UCACUUGUACCAUCAAUACAACGCUUGAGGAAUGAGACCACGUGAUAUAGCGGGGCGGUCGAACUAGCCUGCAAGCCAUUUUGGGAACAGUGUCAGUUUCUACUGCUAUCAAGUGCCGCUCUAUGCAUAGCCUACUGCUUCAUAGGGGUCGAGCACGGAGCAAACCGAUAACCUAUUUGGACCGGCACUGUUCAGAAUCUGUGUAAAGUUUCUGACUCUCCGCGCGUUGAUCUUUUUCUAUUUGUUGAGAAUUUCGCCACUGCCAUUGAACAGCAUUUGUAGCUCGUUCCAAGAUGGCCGCUUGGGUUGCAUUCAUUUUUUUCUGAUCGACUGUUAACUUUCAUUGUCCAUCACAUACGGGAUAUAACCCGUUAGGAUUUUACAAUUUUAGGACAAUGCACAGAACAACAAAAAUCAAGAUUACUGAGCUGAAUCCACAUUUGAUGUGUGUCUUGUGUGGUGGAUAUUUUAUCGACGCAACCACCAUUGUGGAGUGUUUACACUCAUUCUGUAAAAUGUGCAUUGUUUGUUAUCUGGAGACCAGCAAAUUAUGUCCAAUUUGUGAUGUCCAGAUUCACAAAACGAAACCCCUUUUGAAUAUUAGGUCUGACAAGACCCUUCAAGACAUUGUUUACAGGUUGGUACCUGGGCUUUUCAAAGAUGAAAUGAAACGAAGGAGGGAUUUCUAUGUUGCACAUCCUUCUCUUGAUGCUGGAAAUGGAUCAAAUGAAGAGCGAGGGGAGGUGGCAGAUGAAGAGAAGAGAAUAAUAGCCGACGAUGAGAUUAUAAGCCUGUCCAUCGAAUUUUUUCAUCAGAGCAAGCUGGGAAAGGAGGAUGGUGAAGUCAAGGAUAUGAAGACAGAGAUGAUUGACAAGCGAUACUUGCAAUGUCCAGCAGCCAUGACCAUAAUGCAUCUGAGGAAAUUCCUUCGAAGUAAAAUGGAUAUUCCAUGCACCUAUCAGAUAGAAGUUAUGUAUGAAGAUGAACCAUUGACGGAUUACUACACAUUAAUGGACAUUGCACACAUCUACACUUGGAGAAGGAAUGGUCCCUUGCCAUUGAAAUACCGGGUACGAACAGGCUGCAAGAAGAUGAAGAUGAGCAGCCCAAGAAACGGUGCCAAAACCACACAACAUGCUGGAGGAGUAUGCUAUGACUCUGGGACUGGGGGUGACAAGCAUCUGAACAAUGACCCCGAAGCUCCCUCCACCUCUUCCUCCUCUCUGCCCAGUCCGAGCCACAGAAUUGUCCACUCAUCAUCAUCAUCGCUUACCCACUUCCCCCACCUCUCCAGCACCUCAACAAACGGUAUCUUAACAAAAGCGGUUCCAAAUCAACUUUCCCGGACAUUCACGCCAACAUAGACUGGAGAUACUUUUAUUAUUGUUUCAAACAUUUGCCGUUUUUAUAUAAUCCUAUGUGGACAAUAUAUUUGUUCGUUUGUCUAAGAAAGACUGUGGAAAGACUUAUUGAAUUUGCUCAAUGGCAUCUGCAGAUCAGAUUUGAAAUGGCUAGCCCAGUAAUGUGCCAUGUGGUUUGGAAUGUGAAAAAAUAUCACGUUUACUUCAAACCUGGACAUUCCAAUGAUCCCUAUAACUGAAUUGCCAAAUACUGUCGUUGAUUGAAAUGGAAAUGUGGUUUUGGCUUCGUCAACUUCAUUUGUCAACACACAACAAUAGUUGACAAAAAUAGUUGACUAUUGCCCUCUGCAUACAUGUAAUGGGGAAUUUAAUAAACACAACCUGAUUGUUUUGGCUUUAAGUGUGCAAUCUGCAGUAGGUACUGCUGUUAAAUGGUCACUUCAAUUAACGAUAUACACUAUACAAAAGUAUGUUGACACCCGUUCAAAUGAGUGGAUUCGGCUAUUUCAGCCACACCCAUUGUAUAAAAUUGACUACACAGCCAUGCAAUCUCCAUAGACAAACAUUGGCCGUAGAAUGGCCUCACUGAAGAGCUCAGUGACAUUCAACGUGGCACCGUCAUAGGAUGCCACCUUUCCAACAAGUCAGGUCGUCAAAUUUCUUCCCUGCUAGUGCUUUCUCUGUCAACUGUAAGUGCUGUUAUUAUGAAGUGGAAAUGUCUAGGAGCAACAACGGCUCAGCUGUGAAGUGGUAGGCCACAGAAGGUCAUCGAAUGGGACCACUGAAGCACGUAGCGUGUAAAAAAAAUCGAAUGUCCUCGGUUGCAAUACUCACUCCCGAGUUCCAAACGGCCUCUGAAAGCAACGUCAGUACAAUAACUGUUUGUUGGGAGCUUCAUGAAAUGGGUUUUAAUGGCCGAGCAGUCGCACACAAGCCUAAGAUCACCAUGCUCAAUCCCAAGCGUCGGCUGGAGUGGUGUAAAACUCGCCGCCAUUGGACUCUGAAGCAGUGGAAACGUGUUCUCAGGAGUGAUUAGUGAAGCUUCACCAUCUGGCAGUCCGACAGAUGAAUCUGGGUUUGGCAGAUGCCAGGAGAACUCUACCUGCCCCAUUGCCAUCUGUAAAGUUUGGUGGAGGAAGAAUAAUGGUCUGGGGCUGUUUUUCAUGGUUCGGGCUAGGCUCCUUAGUUCCUCUGAAGGUAAAUCUUAACGCUACAGCAUACAAUGACAGGCUAGACGUUUCUGUGCUUCCGACUUUGUUUUAGCAUGGCCCUACUGUUUCAGCAUGGCAAUGCCCCCGUGCACAAAGUGAGGUCCAUACAGAAAUUGUUUGUCGAGAUCGGUGUGGAAGAACUUGACUGGCCUGCACAGAGCCCUGACCUCAACUCCAUCAAACACCUUUGGGGAUGAAUUGGAAUGCUGACUGUGAGCCAGGCCUAAUCGCCCAACAUCAGUGCCCGACCUCUCUAAUGCUCUUGUGGCUGAAUGGAAGCAAGUCCCUGCAGCAAUCUAGUGGAAUGCCUUCCCAGAAGAGUGGAGGCUGUUAUAGCAGCAAAAGGGGACCAACUCCGUAUUAAUGCCCAUGAUUUUGGAAUGAGAUGUCCAACGACCAGGUGUCUACAUACUUUUGGUCAUGUAGUGUAUAUAUAGUGUAUAUAUGUAGUGUAUAUAUAGGCUACCCAAUACCCGAUUUUUGAAUAUUUAACGGGAUAGUGUGAGAUUUUGGCAAUUUAGCCCUUUUCUACUUAUCCAGAGUCAGAUGAAUUCAUGGAUACCAUUUUUAUGUUUCUUUGUGCAGUUUGAAGGAAGUUGAAGCUAGUUUGCGAGCCUAACUAGCCUUAGUGCAAUAACUGGAAGUCUAACGCUAGUUAGCAACUUCUUUCAAACUGUACGCAGAGACAUAAAAAUGGUAUCCAUGAAUUCUGGGUAAGUAGAAAAAGGGCUUAAUUGCUAUUCCUUUAAUCUUAGUAGGCCUACAACUGCUCCAUCAUGACCCAAAAAGUUGUGUCUUAUACAGGCCUAUGUCUAAAAAUGAUCAUGUUGAGCUCAUUCACUGUCAGUACUUUUGGAGCUCCAUCUAUGAAUUCGAGAGUGGUUACGUAUUCCUCCCCAACCCAAUCCCUCAGUGCAGAAAAGGUAUGGAGUUUGGCUUAUUAUAGCAUUGCUUCAGUAUAAAAAAACAUACAUGAAAUGUGCACUCGUAGGCCUACAUACAGUAUUAUUAGAAUAUAUUCUUAUUUUAGCUCAAGGCAUUGCUGCAAAUUUAAAAGUUGAAAGGCCUACAAUAUCAGUAAAGAGAGACGUAGGCUAUUGAUAGGACAUUAAUUCAAUUGACAUGGUUUAGAAAUGCCUACAAAAAGUUAUCUAAAACCAAAUGAAGUUAAGCUAAAUUAAGAUAAUGGAUUAAAAUAGGCUUAAUUUUCUACAGACAUCUCCACGUGUUCGGGAAAAACAUGGCUGUUUCACAAUUCACUGUUGCAAAAAAACACCUUCGAACAUGAAUGCAACUGCAAGUCCUUAUAACAUUUUAGACUAAUGAAUUAGAAUGGUCAAAGAUUAGCCUACAUUUAUUGUGCAUUAAUGAAUUAGGCUAAUUAAUGAAUUAUGGGAGAAAAAUUACUUCAUAAUGAUCAUGAUUUGGAUUGGGAUUUUGAAAGCUCUAACAAGCUUAGUGACAUGAAUUGUCAAAUGCAAAAACCGAAGGCCAGACUAGACUGCUUUGAGAGCUUUUGCACAUUAAUUCCUGCAAUUACACAUCAUUUCACUUUGAAAUAAUGGCUGCAUGAAUAGGAGUGAGAUGUCCCCCCCCCACACACACACACACUACUUCCCGCGGCUAUGAUUGGCGUAGUUCACAUUGGCUAUGAUGCCUAUUCAUGCAGUCAUUGUUUCAAAGUGAAUUACCCAAAAUUGACUGUUAAACUAGGCUAUAGAAUAGAUAAUAGUAGGCAACAAUGCAUCUAAUAGCCUGUAUACUUUGAUAUGUGUCCCAUAGUGUGGCAUCGUAUUUAUUUCAUUCAUUAACAAGCCGAUGUGAAUCAAGAUUUCAACCCAACGCUCAAGCCUGGGUUUUUUUUUCAGUUAGGCCGUAGUGCAUUUCAAGCUAAAAAUAUACCUCAAAGCUGACAAGGAGCUUUUAAAACAUCUCAAACAUCCCAGGGAUACAUUUGUAAACAGGUACAAUCCAGAUUAGAGCACCAUUAAAACUGUGGAUAGUGUAUUUGCACAUUAUACACACAUUUUAAUUUGAAAACUAUUCUUCACUGAUGUUGAAUAUAUUUUUGGAAUAAGAGGUUAAUGAAUGAUACUGCAACACUCAGUCUCAUGAAUAAGGUGUUACUGUUAUGAAGAGAGGAAGGCUACACACCACUCUCUCACUCUCACAUUUUACCUAGUUAUUUUCAGAUGAUCUCAUUUGGCUCUUUUGCCGCUUUGGCAACUGUGUUUUCUAUCCUAGUUCGCUCCUCUCCCUUUAGGCUUCACAGACACUCCUCACCCCUUGGCUGCCACCCUUCUAAUUUAGUGUGUCCUGCAUGUACAACCCAUGUGGUAUUCCUGGUCUGUCAGCCUUUGGAACUGCCAAUCUGCGGUCAAGAAAGCUGAGUUCAUCUCAAACUAUGCUGCCCUUCAGUCUCUUGACCUUUUAGCCGUGACGGAGACAUGGGUCACCCCAGAGAAUACUGCUACUCCAGCUGGUCUCGCUUAAUCUGAGUAUGUUUUCUCUUAUAGUUUGUUAGCAUCUGGUCGCCUCGGUGGUGGUAAAGGGCUACUCAUUUCUCCUAAAUGGAGAUUUUCUCUUUUCUCCCUCUCACCUGUCCAUCUCAUUUGAAUUCCAUGCUGUCACCUUCAGUUGUCCACUCAAGCUUAACAUUGUUGUCAUCUAUCGCCCACCAGGUGCCUUUUAGAGCAGGGUUUACCAAACACGGUCCUCGGGACCCCAAGGGGUGCACGUUUUGGUUUAUGCCCUAGUACUACACAGCUGAUUUAAAUAAUCAACUAAUCAUCAAGCAUUGGUCAUUUAAAUCAGCUGUGUAGUGUAAGGGCAUAAACCAAAUUUUGGAAACGCUGCCUUAGAGAGUUCCUCAAUGAGCUUGACACACUGAUAAGCUAAUUUCCUGUUGAUGGCUCACCGAUCUUUGUACUUGGCGACUUCAACCUUCUGACAUCUGCCUUCGAUUAAUUUCUUUCCAACUCUCUCUUUCUCCUCAUUGCCUCCUUUGACCUCAUCCUUUCCCAGUCCCCUCCCACUCACAAGGAAGGCUCACGCUUGACCUCAUCUUUACUGGAGGCUGUUCCUUUUCUGUUUCCCCGUCCUCCAACCCUAGCCACGCAGUUCCUACCCAGAUUGUCAACUUCGCAAUCUUUGCACUCUCUUUCCUGCUACUCUCUCAUCCUAUCAUCUAUCCCUUCUGCUAAAUCCUUGUCCCUCCUGUCCCCUGAUUAUGCCUCUUCAACCCUACUCUCCUCCCUUUCCACAUCCAAUGACUUGCACAGAACAGGGCCGUGGGCAGCUGAGCGAAAAUGAAGGAAAACUAAACUUCCUGGAGGACCUAUCAUCCUUCCACUCCCUCCUCUAUAACCUUCCCUUUCUCUGUAUCUGCUGCCAAACUACUUUCUAUCACUACAUUUCAAGUUUUUCUGCCUCUAACCCCAGGAAACUCUUUCCCACCUUCUCCUCCUUCUUAAUCCUCCACCCCACCCCCUUCCUUGUCCCUCCUCCCUUUCUGCGGAUGACUUUGUCAACCACUUUGAAAAUAAGGUUGAAAACGUCCGCUCCUCAUCCACUCAGCCUGUUGAGUCCACUUGUCCCACUCACACAGAACUACCCUACGCCUUGACCUCUUUCACCCCUCUCUCUCCAGAUGAAAUCAUGCAACUAGUAAGGUCUGGCCGCCUGACAAUCUGCCCGCUCGAACCCAUCCCCUCCUCCCUUCUCCAGACCAACUCUGGAGUCCUUCUCACUUCCCUCAUCAACUCAUCCCUGACCCCUCUAACUCCAAAAUGGACCGAUUUGCUCCCCUACUCACGAAACCAACACUCCACUCCUCUGACGUCAAACACAACAGACCGGUAUCCCUUUCCAAAACACUUGAGUGUGCUGUCUGACCAACUCUCUCACUAUCUCUCUCAGAAUGAUCUUCUUGACCCUAACCAGUUAGGCUUGAAGAUUGCUCAUCUCUGUGUCAUGUAGGCUCUCCGCACUGCCAAAGCUGACUCUCUCCUCUGUUCUCAUCCAAAUCCUCCGCUGCUUUUGACACUGUGAAUUGCAUUCUAAAUUGAAGAUCAUGAUUAGGUGAUUAUUGGAGUCAGGUGUGUUAGCUGGGGCUGGGUCAAAACUGUGACAUCAAUCAGGCCCUUGAGGACUUGAAUUGCCCACCCGUGCUCUACAACAUCUGUAGAGUACAACUCUACCUUACACAGGAAGCGCCACAGGUUCUAAUCCAGGCACUUAUCAUCUCCUGUCUUGACUACUGCAACUCGCUGUUGGCUUGGCUCCCUGCCUGUGUCAUCAAACACCAGCAAUUUGUCCAGAACAUUGCAGCCCGCCUGGUGUUCAGCUUUUCCAAGUUCUCCCAUGUCAACUCCUCCGCACACUCCACUGGCUUCCAGUCAAAGCUUGCAUCCACUACAAGACCAUGGUACUUGCCUAUGGAGCAGCAAGAGGAUCUGCCUCUCCCUACCUUCAGGCUAUGCUCAAUCCCUAUCCCCAGAGCAAUCCGUUCUGCCACCUCUGGUCUCUUGGCAGCUACCACUCAUCCCAGUCCAAUCUCUUCUCUGUCCUGGCACCCCAAUGGUAGAACCAGCUUCGCCUUCAAGCUAGGACAGAAGAGUCCCAGCCAAGACCCUAACACUGGGAUAGAGUUUCACAUUUCAGCAAGACAAAUGGCCUAAAAUGCAAGACCAAAGCUACACUGGAAUGGCUUACCAAAAAGAUGUUGAAUGUCCCUGGGUUGCCUUGUCUAAAUUAAGAAAUUCCACCUAAUUUUGAAAUAGCAACCAAAGAUUUUUAUAACUAAAGCAAGAUAGUUCAUCUGGGUUGUUUACAGUUGGAGAAAAUGAAGCAUAGUGGGCAGUACAAAAAAGGUGGGCAAAGCCAAGUGUGAGAUCCAAUUGUAUCAUAUAUUUGCAUAUUUUCAUUAGGGAACGCCUCCUCUGUGAAGUGCGCAUGUGCACAAACUGAAGUCGACCUUGCACUCUUUCUAAACAACGCAAUUUUGGGAAAUUUUGGCCAAGCCUAUAAAACGUAGUGCAUUGUGUAACAGAUUUUAGUUUUUGGAACAAACAUUUAUUGAGAUCAGGUGUUUCGUCAAUAUUUUUUUGUUGCAGAAUGUCGGUCUAGUUUCGCCGAGUUCCAUCCUCUCCCACUACCCACGUCUUAACCUCCCCUCACUACCAUAUUUGAUGGUGAGAAAACGUUCUAAAAAGAUGCUUCAACUUUAUACCACUGUCUGGGGUUCCCCUUAUGUCUGUGUAGCAACUUUGAUGAAAAAUGCCCCCAGUUUAUUCGACAAAAUCAUUGUCACCCCCCAAAAAAAUGUUGUGACAUGUAAUAUAGAAGCAAUUUUAUAAAGAUUGACAACAUUUGUAUCUGUUCGACAGGGUUUUAUUGCAACAAACGAUGAUGGAAACUGUGUUUUUCGAAUAAAUGAUGAUUGCCGAAUACAGGUCCACUCUACAUUUUAAUUCUAACUGCCCACUGCUUGCAAAAUAAAACAUUUCAACUAUAAAAAUGUUUCUUUGCAGGCUCCUUGUCCUGACAUUCCAUAAUGCCUGAAUUGCCUCGCUUUGCUUUUCUGUUAGGCUUCACCAUCCAAUCAUUUCAGAUCUA